ACCAGAGUUGUCAUGGUGAUGGCGGCGAUGCUGUCGACCUCCGCCAAGGGAGAGCAACAGACGCUCAACCCCAUCGAGGACGAUUUUCUCUUGCCAUCGGAGAGUCACCAAGUCUCAGUCGUGGUCAAGGACGACCUCCAGGCCUCUGCUACAGGAUAUGGAGGAUACGGAGGAGGGAGUAGCUACGAAGGAUAUGGCGGUGGAAGCUCCUCCAAGGGGAUCCGAGGCUACGGAGGUUCCCAUAGCAAUGAGGAAGGCGUCGGCGGCCAUCGGAGGCACCACGCGGACAAGGGCCACAAGGGUAGCCACUACGGCGACCACGGCAAGGCGCAGUAUAGUCGCAGGAGCCAAGGAUCAGGAUUUGCCCCCUGGUACCCUGUAGCCGCCGUUGACCACGGUUCGGCUCUCCCGCCAAUCACUGGUACUGGUGCUGCUGCUCCCCAACACUAG